AUGCGAAUCAUACAGUACAUGAACACGCUCCUUGGGUACGCUCUCACGCACGAUCAAGCAGAUCAGACGAUGUCGCCAGACUCCCUAACUGUUACUGAGGUGACCUGGGAUCAUCCCGAUGCACGCAAGCUCCGAGAACAGCAGCGAAUCGACAUUGCAGAUCGCUACGAGAACGUGGAUUCGGAACCAGGCACUCCACCCUCCGCCGCCGAUGUGAUAUGUUUCUGUGUGGCCUAUCAGAACGGCAUUGCCAUGGGGUGCGCUGGGCUUCGAAGGCUAGAUCAAGGCUCGGCAGAACUCAAGCGAAUGUUUGUCACCAAGGAGGCCCGCGGACGAGGUGCGGCCAAUGCCAUUCUUGCUUUUCUUGAGCAAAAGUCUUUGGCUCUUGGCAUCCAUCGUCUGCUGCUCGAAACCGGAGACAGACUGGUAGAGGCACAGCGCUUCUACAGACGCAGUGGUUUUCGCGUCACUCCCAACUUUGGCUACUAUCAAGGCAUUCAGUCUUCCAUUUGCAUGGAGAAGAUCUUAUCUGAACCAUGA